CUCCUCCGCUCCACCAUGGAAACCCUAGCCGCCGUCAGCUCCCGUCAGCUGACGUCAACUCUCGCAUUGCCGUCCACCAUCACCGUCAAUUUCAACGGCCGAGUCUGCAGCUCUCUACCUCUGCUUCGCUCCACUGCGCGUGUCCGUUCACUCAGAUGCUCCGCUAUUUCGUCUCUUUCAGUAGCUGAGCAGUCAGAGAGGUUUUUCGACUCUUCGAAAAAUGGGAAUUUAAUUCCUUUAUACCGAAGUAUAUUUUCGGAUCACUUAACUCCUGUGCUUGCUUACCGGUGUCUGGUUAAGGAGGAUGAUAGAGACGCUCCGAGUUUUCUUUUUGAGGCAGUUGAUCCGGGUUUCAAGGACUCCAAUGUUGGGCGGUACAGUAUUAUUGGAGCGCAACCAACUAUUGAGAUCGUAGCAAAAGAGAACAUGGUUACAGUUAUGGACCAUAGAGAAGGGCGUAGGACAGAGGAGAUUGUGGAGGAUCCAAUGACUGUUCCUCAGAGAAUCACGGAGGGAUGGAUGCCGCAACGUCUUGAUGAGAUGCCAGAAGCAUUUUGUGGUGGAUGGGUUGGUUACUUCUCUUAUGAUACAGUGCGUUAUGUGGAGAAGAAAAAGCUGCCAUUCAGUGGUGCACCACCAGAUGACAGAAAUCUUCCUGAUCUUCAUCUUGGCCUGUAUGAUAGUGUGAUAGUGUUUGAUCAUGUGGAGAAGAAAGCACAUGUAAUUCACUGGGUGCAAUUAGAUCGGUAUUCUUCAGUUGAGGAGGCCUUCAAUGAUGGGAUGAAUAGAUUGGAAACACUGGUAUCUAGAGUGCAUGACAUUAUCACCCCGAGGCUGCCUGCAGGUUCAAUAAAGUUACACACUCAUCUAUUUGGUGCUAAAUUGGAGGAUUCAAACAUGACAAGUGAGGAAUACAAGGAAGCAGUUUUGAAAUCUAAAGAACACAUCUUAGCUGGGGAUAUAUUUCAGAUAGUAUUAAGUCAGCGCUUUGAAAGGCGAACAUUUGCAGACCCAUUCGAAAUUUACCGAUCGUUAAGGAUAGUUAAUCCGAGUCCAUACAUGACUUAUUUACAGGGUAGAGGCUGUAUUCUGGUUGCUUCAAGUCCAGAAAUUCUUACACGUGUUAAGAAUAGAACAAUCACCAAUCGACCUCUUGCUGGGACUGUUAGAAGAGGAAAAACACCUAAAGAAGAUCUAAUGUUGGAAAAUCAGCUUUUGAAUGAUGAAAAGCAAUGCGCAGAGCACAUUAUGCUUGUUGACUUGGGGAGGAAUGAUGUCGGGAAGGUCUCAAAACCUGGUUCUGUCAAAGUUGAGAAGCUCAUGAACAUUGAGCGUUAUUCCCAUGUCAUGCACAUAAGUUCUACUGUCACUGGAGAGUUGCUUGAUCAUUUAAGUAGCUGGGAUGUUCUACGAACUGCAUUGCCGGUUGGGACUGUCAGCGGAGCACCAAAGGUAAAAGCCAUGGAGCUGAUUGAUGAGCUGGAAGUGACUAGACGUGGUCCAUACAGUGGCGGUUUUGGAGGAAUUUCAUUUUCUGGAAACAUGGACAUCGCCCUUGCUCUGAGAACUAUUGUUUUCCCAACUAGCUUUCGAUAUGAUACAAUGUAUUCAUACAAGGACACAAAUAAGCGGCGAGAGUGGGUUGCUCAUCUCCAAGCCGGAGCUGGAAUUGUGGCCGACAGUGUUCCAGCUGAGGAGCAGAGAGAGUGUGAGAACAAAGCUGCUGGUCUUGCACGGGCUAUUGAUCUUGCAGAGUCAUCGUUUGUUGAUAACUGAAUAAAUUUUUCUUCACUUUCAGAUUCUGUUUUUUUAUGCAAUUCCGAGUUUGCCCAAGAAUUGAGUGAGGAAUUUUUCCGGAUUUAUAAUGCAAGUUUAAAGAGAAAAGAUAUGAUGUUAGGAUUGUCUCA